UUGAACUUGUUUCCUGGGUCCAAAGAAUAACCUUGAAUGUUAUACUGCGUGGUUAUCUAGGAUUUGGUUCCAACAUAUACGAGGAGGUCAGUGAUGUUCCUAGAGUUAUAAACGAUAUUUGGACCAAAUCAAAGGAAUUCAACAAUAAUCAGCAGUCAAUCCAAGAAUUAAAAUGUUCAUUAAAGAAUUACCUUCACAGUGCAUCCUUGAAGAAACAAGAAGGCAAAGAAGAUGACACUGGCAAUGCUCCAAAUGUGCUUCGAGAGAUUUUAAAAAUUGCGCAAAAACAUUUGGAUAAUAUUCAGAGUCUACCACAGAUUGAAUCCUGCUUUAUAAAGCCUACCGCAGAAGAAUUAGGAUCUUCGUUGAACAUUUUGCUUCCAGCAUAUGAGACAAUGUGGAGGGUUCUUUUGUAUGCUAUUUUAGAAACAAAAGUGAGGGGGUUGUUGAAGAAAAAAAACAAUAAGAAACCAGAGGAAACAACGGAAGAUAAUUUCUUAGAAGACAUUGACAAGGACGCAAAAUUUUUACUAGAUAAUCCAUCAUACUCAUUACGAAAGAAGAAUUUAAUACAUUAUAUUGUUAAAGAAACAUUGAGAUUAUAUCCAGCAACGCGGCAUAUACAUCGAGUGAAAGAUGGAAUCAAAUACUCAAUAAAUGUGGAAGCGAUUCAUCGUGACCCCUUAAUCUGGGGAAAUGAUGCCUCUCGCUUUAAACCAGAACGAUUCGAAAAUCACAUAGCGAAGAAAGAUGGCACCUACAUUCCAUUCUCUAUUGGGCCAAUGCAGUGCAUAGCAGCUGAUAAUUUUGCACCAAGAUUGGCUGCCAUUUUAAUUGCGGCGGUCAUUUCCUCAGUUGACUUUUUUGACGUUGUGGAUAACGAUGCAAUCUCUAAGUACGGGAUCGAUCCGGAUCUUCCCUUUGAGAACAAUCGACAUGCAUUUGAAAAUGUAUUUGUAAAUAUUGCAACAAGAUCAAAGUAG